GGUAUGGCAUGCAAGACAGAGAUGGAUGCUAAUCUGGUAGCUCCAAAUGACAUUCCCACAUGAUACAAGCAGUGCAAUAUGCCCUUUGUUUUUUCCUUCUCCAGAAUACGUUGGCAAAAGCACUCUAUGACAACAAGGCAGAGUGUUCUGAUGAACUGGCCUUCCGCAAAGGAGACAUCCUGACAGUCCUUGACCAGAACGUCAUAGGGAGCGAGGGAUGGUGGAAAUGUUCCCUACAUGGAAGACAGGGCCUGGCACCCGCUAAUCGCCUCCAGCUCCUUGCUGGUUUACAGGAAGUCAUGCUGUCUCCCUCCAGCCAACAUGACUCCCAGGAAUUGCCGUCCAAUCAGCCAAACAUCUACCAGGUUCCAAAAGCUCCCAAGUCUACCGUGUCAUCGUCGGUGUACGAACAGAUGGAUGGUUGGGUAAAGCCAUCUCCUACUGUUUUGUCUCUGCCCACUCAAGAAAUGUAUCAGGUGCCAGCUUUGUCUGCACAAUUAUUCAGUGAAAAGAGCCACAUCUUAACAAAUCAGCACCUGUUGACUCUUCCCAGAGUAUCUCAGGCCUCAGCAUCAAAUAUUCAAAGCUAUGUAUAUGAUAUUCCAUCUCCCCAGCGCCAGGAGUCCUUGCUCACUCAGAGCUAUGCCACUCCACCCACAGCCAGAAAGGUCUCCACGCAGUUUUCCCUCACUGAAUAUUUCCAGGAAGGACAGAAACAGCUUUACAACAUCUCAUCCAGCCCGGAAAAGGCAAAAGACCACAUCCAGCAAGACUCUCUAGCAAGCACUAUGUAUGAUGUCCCCCCUACCAGAGAAUGUGAUAUUCCCAUCCAAAAUACAUCUCAGAGAAAAUAUGUGGGCCAUUGCAAUACCUUGCCAAAUCCUCGGAAGUCAGAAUGGAUUUAUGAUAUUCCAGUCUCACCUGAAAAACCAGGUUUGAAACAGCAUCCUCCUAAUCAUUGCCUGGAGAAGCAGAUGUUGUAUGACGUACCACCAGCCAGGUAUGGUGCUGGGGUGCAAAAUGCAGCUAGCACCCUACCAGCAACAGCAACUGAAGGCAAAUUGGCGAACCCACAAGAAUACGAUGUUCCACCAAUACAGAAGAAAUUAACUGUUCCAGAUGCUCCCCUUUAUGCUGUACCAUCCUCAUGUGAUAUGUUGCGUUUGAGGAAAAAUAGCAACUAUCGUGUCCCCCUGAGCUUUCUGUCCACAAAGGUUGAAAAUCAGAAUUGUGAACAAAACAUUUAUGACAUUCCUAAAGUAUUGCCUACUGCUUUACAGAACAGAAAGGGGACUGAAAAAAACAAUGGUAGUUUUGAAGACCAUACAUACAAUGUUCCUUUACAACUGUCCAGGGAUGCCAAAUUAGAGCAAGAUAGGUUAUCAUUUGACAGUGUGGACAGUAGAACCAGCACCAUAUCUACAUCCCCAAGCACUUCUGUUGAGUCCUUUUCUCUGUCAUCAGAAGAGGAACCUGCUCAAGAAAUUAAAUUGGACCUUGAUGUAGCCAUAGAGAUGCUGACCAAGCUACAGCACAGCGUAUCCAGUUCAGUUGCGAGCCUAAUGCUAUAUGUGAGUAGUAAAUGGAGAUACCAAGAACACCUGGAGGCAAACAUUGAGGAAAUUCAUAGAGCAGUUGAUCACAUAAAAGUUUCUUUGGGAGAAUUCUUGAACUUUGCUCAAGGUAUUAAGGCAAAUGCCUCUUGCCUCAGUGACAAUAACCUUCAGACCAGAAUUAAAAAGCAGUUACAAAUUCUUGUAGACUCAUUCCACAUAUUAGUAGAAACAAGGGAAGCACUGAACAACUGCAACUGGUCUUUGCAGGUUCUGGUCAUUAAGAAACCUCAGAACAAUCCAGAUGAUCUUGAUCGGUUUGUUAUGGUAGCCCGUGCCAUUCCAGAUGAUAUCAGGAGGUUUGUCUCCAUUAUCAUAGCUAAUGGAAAGCUUCUCUUCAAGAAGAAUGACAAAGAGCAGAAGACUACGCAACCAAAACUGAACACAGAGCAUAAGAUGGCAAAACCAGUCCCGGCACCCAGAAGAAGAGAAUUUAAUUCACUUCAAAGAAAUAAACCAAACAAAAGUGAACUCUCUUCUGAGAAAUCAAGAAAAAAUGUCAGUGAAGACUGUGAUUACGUUCACCUGCAGAAAUAUCAAGGUCUGGAACAGGCAGCAAAACACCUUUCACCUAAAGAGGUAGCAACGAAGAAUGGAGAUUCAAAACAAAAGGUUAUUCCAGAAAAACCUGUUCAAAACAAGCAAGACUCAUCAAAGAAAAUCAUUUUCUCAGAAAACUGUAGGCUGUGUUUUGGUGCACUUCAAAAAGCCAUCAGUGUUUUUACCAAUAGUCUCAGCAAUAACCAACCACCUGAAGUCUUCAUAGGACACAGCAAGCUGAUCAUUAUGGUAGGACAAAAGCUAGUGGAUUUUCUCUGCCAGGAAACUCAAGAGAAGGAUACAAGGAAUGACAUCCUCCACAGCAGCAGCCAGUUUUGCAGCCUGCUGAAGAACUUGGCUCUUGCCACCAAAAAUGCUGCAGUGCAAUAUCCACACACAGACGCAGUGAAGGAACUUCUGGGUCAAGCUGACACACUGUCUAAAUAUACACAGCAGUUUCAAGACACAAUGGAGUGACGUAAUCUUUCUGUUCUUUGAAGGACCCGAAGGAAACCCUCACAGUGUCUCCAUCUUUCUGGGUUUUGACCUCCUUAUCUUUGGCAUCCUGCAGUCUAAGGAGGACAGGACUCUACAGAGCAUCUCAGUGAUGCCAAUCUUAACUCAUCUAUAGGGAUUCCUUUUGGGAAAAGAAAGGAGUUAACUCAUGCACUGAAGCGUGUUCAGUCUCCAGAGAUCCAGCCUACCAGUGACACUGUGACCGGGACCAGAAUCUGCACUUUCUACUUGAGAGUUCAGUCAUACAUGGAAGAUGCUAAAUCAAAGAUGCUAAAUCAAUCCUUCCAAUCCAUUUUUCACACUGGCUUGGCAAGACUUUUCAGUGUAUAAGUACAAAUAUAUUAUAUAAUUUCCCUGUUUUGGCACACAAAUAUAUUGUAUUUUUCUAUUUUUUUUUCCAUUUGGAAAUAUAAGGUUUUGUUACUGGUUUUUUCCAAUGGCACAUCAGUACACAAAUAGCGUGUGUAAAUCAGCUUCUCUUUACAAGGGACUGUUUACUGUAUUUGUUUUAAACUACAAUAAAAAAAUCCUUUACAGAUGUUUCACAUUCAAAUGUUAUAAACAUCAUGGGAUAAAUUCUGACAGGUCCUCCCCAUAUAUAUAGAGAG